AUAAUUUAUGCAGCGAACAUGGUUAUCAACGGGACACAAAGUCGCUCACUCUGAUUUUUUCUUUCGGGGAGGGCGACUGUAACACCAGUUAUCUAUAAGUCAAACGAAAUCUAAAUGUAAAAAAUUGUCAUUUCCAACGGCUAACGAUGCUCCAACUUGAUUGGAGAGAUCGCAAACAAAUAUCUAUUCUUGUCAUUCAAACUGGUCCGUGAUUGGUUGAAAACUCUCUGCUGGCCCAGUCGUAAACGUACGCGAUACAUUUCACGCCCAGUUUCGUAGUUGUGAAGGACAUGUACGUACAGACAUCUACAAAGAUGGCGCUGUCGAUGACAACUUUUUGGCUUGUGCUAAUGUUAGGUUGUUCCAUGGUUGCCAGUGGACGCACUGGCGAAGAAAAUCAGCGCUGUGGUGACCAGAAGUUCUACUGCUCGACGACAGAUCAAUGUUUCGAUCGAAGUCUGAGAUGUACCGGAUCAAAGGUCUGCGUUGAUUCCAGCGGCAAUGAAGCAAAAUGUUUUGAAAGUAGUACUCCUGGUAAGUACAAGUACUUCAAGAAAACGGCUCCAUUGCCGUCUAGUGGCAGCUCCUCUAAAAGGAAACGAUCAGUAAGCCUAUGGCCAAGUCAUUGGUUUGUAGAAUACCGUGGCUUUGUUUACGAGUUUGGGUCGUCAUACGGUACUCAUGAACUUGAUGUGAACGAUCCCAACUAUAAAUAUGGCCCGAGAGGAGAAAAAAUUCUUUCCGAAGAUUUGGUUGGAAGCAGCAGUUGUACUAGGGAUCAAGUUAACAGCUUCGUUAAAAGGUGGCGCGACGCAAAUCCCAACUAUAACCUGUUUUUAAACAACUGCCAGCACUUUGCCAAACUACUGCUGGAAGAACUUGGAAUGAACUGCCCCAACAGAAGAAGAAGGGAAGUGGACGACACAGAAAGUUUGAAGGCUCCCAGUGAGUGUUUAUCCUCUUCUGCAAUUCGUUGGAAAUUUCACUCUAUGUUUGUUCCACUGAUCUCACUCGCCGUCCUCCUCAACAUCAACUGAACAUGGUCGACGUCGGUGGACGCUAUCAGUUUGGCAUUUACCUUGACUGCUGACAGCCGGAUUUUUCUCGAAGGGUCAUAGCUCAGUAGUAUGCAUGGAAUAUUAUAGUUUCCUACUAACAAUUCAGUGAAUAGUCACUGAGAACUCGUGAACUAAAUCCGUAGAAAGUGUGCUACUGCAUAAAUUAGAGAGGUCAAAAACUGCUAGAGCGAUCAGUCUUUCACAGAAUGGACACUUCAGUAAUCUAAGAAAUGUGAAUUUAGUUACGAGUGAUAUAUCCGUAACGGCGGAAAUUGCUGAUCAUAAAUUCUUUUGUAGUCAGUUGCACCUUUCAGAUUAACGUUUUGACAACAUUUGUAGUGAAAACGUAGCGUAGCUUGAGGCUGGUAGAUCUUGGCAUACGUUCAUGUUCCUUGACUGCUAAUUCCGGGAAAGAGAAAUGUUUGUUUUACUACGUUCCUAGAAAGUGUACUGAUUUGUCGCGCACGAAUAAGACCAAUUCAAAAUUUAGAUGUAGGAGAAAGGUUGCAUGGAUUGCAACUGGCAUAAUAUUUUGAAAAGUUUCAAUUCAGAGUCGCUUUCGUAGCUUCAAAAUGACAAUAAUAGACCACUUAGUAUUAGCAUAGCACACUGAUCGACUAUUCGGUAAAUGCGCAAUGCGCAACCUGGUUAGCUACACGGGUAAUGAUCUUUAAACGGUCGACAGAUUAAGCACCAGCAGCCAGUCAAUUCUUGAACUGAAAUAGCUUAAGCUUCACGAUUUUGUGAUAUUUCUAAAAUAAUAACAAAUUCGUUUGAUUGAUCGAACGAUCCAUGCAUGGGUUAUCCUGAAAGAAUUAAACAGCUCGCUCUGUUUCUAUCGGCUUUGGAUAGACUAAUGGAAACAUUUUCUAAGAAACUCGAAAAAGUUACUGUGCUGACAAGGUUACUGAUAAGCGAGCAGCGAAACUGAAGAAGAAGGAAAGAUUAGUGACAUCAAACUUUUCUUUAACUACACUUCCCAUCAUACGCUAGCCUGAAUUUCAGUCGUCUCCAGGAGUCGUACAAAUCAAGAAUUUCGUCUCGGCGCUAAAUGGUCAACAUUUUCUUGGUUAGCCCAGCACUCGAAAAUUCCCGAGAAAACGGAACUUCUGAAAAGUUACGUUCUGUGGUCCUGGCUGGAAUGCUAGUCCAUUGCAGGUCACUCCCCCGCAAUUUGUUAGGUUUCCCCAACAAUU